ACACACACACUCACACACAUUCACUCAACAUACACUCACCCUUCUCCUGCCAACCUUGCCAUGGCCGCCUCCACUAUGUCUGUCUGUUCUGACACUCGAACCAACUCCUCCUGGCAGGUGGAUGACUGCCCAGAGAGCUGCUGUGAGCCCUGCUGCUGUGCCCCCAGCUGCUGCCAGUCCAGCUGCUGUGUCCCCAGCUGCUGCCAGUCCAGCUGCUGUGUCCCCAGCUGCUGCCAGCCCAGCUGCUGUGCCCCAUCCCCCUGCCUGACCCUCGUCUGCACCCCAGUGAGCUGUGUAUCCAGCCCCUGCUGCCAAUCUUCCUGCUGCACACCCUCAUGCUGCCAGCAGUCUAGCUGCCAGCCAGCUUGCUGCACAUGCUCCCCCUGCCAGCAGCCCUGCUGUGUGACCCUUUGCUGCAAGCCUGUCUGCUGCACACCCAUCUGCUCUGGACCAUGCUGCCAGCAGUCUAGCUGCCAAUCCUCAUGCUGUCAAUCCCCCUGCUGUGUGCCUGUCUGCUGCAAGCCUGUGUGCUGCACACCCAUCUGCUCUGGCUCCUCCUCCUGCUGCCAGCCCUCCUGCUGUGCUCCUGUGUGCUGCAAGCCCUGCUCCAGCCUGUCCCUGCUGUGUCGCCCUGUGUGCAGACCUGCCUGCUGUGUGCCCACCUCUUCCUGUUGUGCCUCCUCCUGCCAGCCCAGCUGCUGUGGCCCAACCUCCUCUGUGUCCCUGCUGUGCCGCCCUGCCUGCUGCAGACAGGCCAGCUGUGGACAGAAGUCCAGCUGCUGA